CUGAAUCUCUCGCGAGAGCCUAACAGUCCCUUAAUUUGAGCUUCCGCUCUUGCGCACUGUCGCCUGAGGUACCGGUAGGGAAAGGAGGUUGCGGAGGUUGAAGUCCGGUUCUCGGGCUGGCCAUGUCCUCUCGCUCACCCCUUGUAGCGCUAACUCUCAAAGAGUUCAUGAGAAGGCAACAAGUCCUUCUUCUAUACAGAAAGAUUUUACAAGCAAUUCGGGAGGUACCAAAUGAAAAUGACCGCAAAUAUCUACAGAACUGGGCAAGGGAAGAAUUCAAAAGAAAUAAAAGUGCCACAGAAGAGGUAAGGACGGACAAGAGCUUGAAUUGGUGGCAACAGCCCCCUCUUUCACUACUUUCCAGCUUCUUUUCACUUAAGAAUGCCACAGAAGAGGUAAGGACGAACAAGAACUUGACCUGGUGGCAGCAGCGCCCCCUUUCACUACUUUCCAGCGUCUUUUCAUUUAAGGGAUGUAAUCAGAAUGAUGAUUACCCAAGGAAACCUACAACUGAAGGAAUUGGAGAAAACGUUGAACUUAGCAAAAGCAUAACUUCAUAACUUCCCUAAGGGGUUUUCAAAAUAUGUCGGAGUACUACAAGGUAAAUGGAGUUUUAAACUCAUUGCAAAGAGUAGGAAUUUAAGGUGUUUGUAACAUCCCUUGCCUAGUGAUCAUCCCACUGCAGAGUCAAAAAACAUGCUACAUUUGUGCAAAAUAGCCACGUAUGGACCCUGACUUGUGUUAAAGAACAACAAAGUAAAGAACAUCUUCGGAGUUGCCUUAGCAGUGAAAAAUAAAUACCACGGACUUGUUUUAUUAUUUUGGAUAUGCUGUCAGGUUUCAUGAGAAAUAACACAAACCAAAACAUAACAUUGGUAAAAUAUCAUUAAAUAUAUGUUUUCUUGCAUGUCACAAAAA